AUGGAAAAGCUAACUUUGGGACAGAAGAAUGGCAAGAUCAUAUAUAAACAUCCUUUUGAUGAACUCACUAAACGUAGGAUCUAUCACUCUAAGGUAAGCAAGACGAGAGGGGAACCCAGUACAAGCACAAAUCUGAAAGAAGCUCUCUGCGAGAAGAUUUCUGUACAUCAUGAUCUUUUAAGGAACUUCCGACGGCAUUUUGGCCCGACUAUUAUCAGUCAAAUUACAGUCGACAAUCUAUAUGAAGGAUUAAGCAAUGUAAAAACUCUCGUCAAGGAAACUUCGGAGCUUGAUCCCAAACACGGCAUUGUGUAUCGCGGACUAACUAUACCAGAAGUGAUUGCUUUACUACCUCGUCAAGGAAACUCACCAAGUCCGGAAGCUGUUUUUUGGCUACUCUUAACCGGUGAUGUUCCGACGCAACAGCAGACGGCUGCGUUAAUUGCCGAUUGGACAUCACGACGCCAUAAAUGUGUAGAAUGGUGGUCAGGCCGAAGUGAAACAAUACUUUCCGUUUUACGUUCUAUACCCAAAACAGUUACACCUUUACACAAAUUGUCGAUUGCACUUACAUUUUUCGAUAUCAGCAAGCAUGCGAAGAACGCCAAAAGACACGGUGCUAUGCCGUACAGUUAUUGGGAGUAUAUCUAUGAGGAUGGUAUGGAAUUUCUCGCAAACUUGCCAGCAAUCAUCGGUCUGAUUGCGAAAGAUCAAAUGUUAACAAAUGUGAGCGGUGACGGUGAUUGGGUGCAAUUUUUGUUAGAAUGUUUGACUGACGCGUACGAGACCUUUGAUAGCCAAAAAUCGUCAGUCGCAGAUUUUUUUAGGCUGUACAUCACUUUAAACGCCGAUGACGAUGGUGGAGCUCCUGCUACGCAUAUUACGCAAAUUUUGGGUUCAACUGAUCUCGAUAUAAAUGAAACAUUAGCAAGCAGCGUUUUGGCACACACCGAAGAGCCGAAAAGUGGAACAAUGUUGCAGUGGAAAGAAUUGCAAACUAAAGCACAGAACAUUCUCGGCCGAACAUGGACGGAGCACGCCUUGAAAGCCUGCGUGCUAAAUUUAUGGAGCAGAGAUAAACUGAUAGGCCACAAAGAGGCGGACUUCUGCGAUCCACGGUACACGGCUCUUUUGAAUUAUGCCAAGCAAUAUUUUCCCGAUAAUACCGAAAUAAAGCUUUCGCAAGAUAUCACUCGGAUAUUAAGAUCGACGAUGAAGAAGCCGAAAAGGAAGAAUAUCUAUCCGGAACAGAACGCCAUAGCUGCGAUUAUUUUUCAGUGCCACGGAUUGGAAGACAUGAGUUUCAAUCAGACAAUAUUUUAUAUGGCGCGAGCUUUGGGCGCGAUAGCUUCGAUUAUUUGGACAAAAGUUGUAAAUGCGCCUGUCGAACAUCCGAUAUCAAAAUGCACUCAUAGCUAUAUAGAAUCGAUUCGAGACGAUAAAAAAAGAAAGCGAAAACAUGAAAUGUUCUUGCCGAAGUGAUUGAACAACUCGAAUAGUUUGAAAUUCGAUAUCAAACAUCAAAUAAUUUAAAUCUUUUAAGAUGAGAAUAUUUUCGAAUUAGCUUUAGAUCCAAAAACUCGA